AUGGCUGACGCGCCCAACUCUGGCGAUGAGCUGUACCCUAUCGCCGUACUUAUUGACGAGCUAAAGCACGACGAUGUUCUUCUCCGUCUCAACGCCAUCCACCGUCUCUCGACCAUUGCUCUUGCUCUCGGCGCUGAACGAACUCGUGAGGAGCUCAUCCCCUUCCUCGACGAGUCCGUGGAGGAUGAAGAUGAGGUUCUUGUUGCCCUGAGUGAAGAACUUGGCGGCUUUGUCGAGUAUGUUGGCGGUUCUCAGUGGGGUCAUGUUUUGCUGUCUCCCCUCGAGAACCUCGCUGCUAUCGAGGAGCCUGUCGUCCGUGACAAGGCCGUCGAGUCCCUGAACAAGAUCUGCUCCGAACUUGCUCCUCAACAAGUUGAAGAGUACUUCAUUCCCCUCACAAUCCGCCUCGCCAAGGCCGAUUGGUUCACAUCAAAGGUUUCGGGUUGCGGUCUCUUCACGACUCCCUACAACAAGGUCUCCCCACCUGUUCAAGAGCAACUGCGUCAGCAGUUCGGUCUGUUGGUUCACGAUGAGACACCUAUGGUCCGUCGUCAGGCUGCCACCAACCUCGCCAAAUUUGUCAAGGAGAUGUCCGCCACCAUCGUUGUCGACGAAAUGAUACCCCUUUUUCAACAUCUCGCACAAGACGAUCAGGAUAGCGUCCGACUACUUACGGUCGAGGUUCUCAUUUCCAUCGCCGAAGCCGUUCCCAAAGAACAGCAGGCCAGCCACGGUGUGUUGCUGACAGCCCUGCGCAACUUGAUAGAGGACAAGAGUUGGAGAGUUCGCUAUAUGAUUGCGGAUCGAUUUGAGAAGAUUGCCAAGGCAGUAGACGAGGAGGUUGUCUCCAGGGAUCUUGUUCCCGCAUUUGUAAAGCUUCUCAAGGACAAUGAGGCUGAGGUGCGAACCGCUAUUGCUGGCCAGAUUCCCGGCUUCUGCGCUCUUGUCGACCGUAACGUUCUCCUCAACGACAUCAUGGGUAGUAUCGAGGACCUUGUCUCCGACACUUCUCAACAUGUCCGUGCUGCGCUUGGCACCCAGAUCAGUGGCUUAGCUCCUAUUCUUGGAAAGCAGGAAACCAUCGACCACCUUCUGCCUAUGUUUCUUCAGAUGCUCAAGGACGAGUUCCCCGAGGUUAGACUUCAUAUCAUUUCAAAGCUCGAGCUCGUGAAUCAAGUUAUUGGCAUCGAUCUGCUCUCUCAAUCUCUUCUCCCUGCAAUCGUACAACUCGCCGAGGAUAAGCAAUGGCGGGUACGACUUGCCAUUAUUGAGUACAUCCCUCUCCUAGCCAGCCAGCUUGGUGUCCAGUUUUUCGACGAGAAGCUCAGUAACUUGUGUAUGGGCUGGCUUGGAGAUACAGUCUUCUCCAUUCGUGAAGCGGCUACUCACAACCUGAAGAAGCUUACUGAGGUCUUUGGUGUCGAGUGGGCCAGUGAGGCUAUCAUCCCCAAGGUUAUGGCUAUGGGCAACCACCCCAACUACCUUUACAGGAUGACCACGUGCUUUGCCAUUUCGACACUGGCGAGUGUUGUGAGCAUGGACGUUAUUGCUAAAUCGAUUCUGCCUAUGCUCGACAAGCUAGUUUCUGACGACAUCCCCAACAUUCGUUUCAACGUCGCCAAGACAUACCGCGUUCUCAUCAACGUACUCCGACGUCUCCCCGAUGAGGGCACCCUGUACGACUUGGAGAAGCAGGGUAGUGAGAUCACACCGUCGCCAAGGGGCUCGGAGCUGAUCCAAGAACGUGUCGUUCCUAACCUGGAGAAGUUGCAGAAGGACGAUGACGUGGAUGUGCGAUACUUUGCGACGACAGCAGCUGCCGAAAUUUCGGGACCUAUUGCUGGCGGAGAGCCUAUGAAUACAUCGCCAUAG